AUGAACUCCGAAAAUAAUAGCAGCAUAUUAGCAACCAUACAGGGCAGAUAUAAAUUUAGAUCCAAGACCCUUGAUUAUUCCACAUCCUUUUACCCCGAUAGAUUUACGAUUCUCUAUAAAGAUCGAAAAGUGGGGGAAGUUUCUUAUGAAAACAUUUUGAGAGUUGAAAAAAAUAGAGAAGGUUUGAAGUUCGGCCUGAGAAACGGAGUGUGGAUAAAGAUACCAUGUGCAUCGGAUGAUAAAAGAAAAAUCUUUCGUAUAUUCAAGGCCAAAAAGCUUGGGGGAAUUAUGAGUCAGAAUGACAUAAUGGGCUUGGCACUUGUGGAAUUUGCUGAUUUGAAAUUUCUAGUUCCUCUUGCAAGUAUGUGUUUCUCAGACUUUAAGAAAAGCGUAAUCAAGAAGAUUGGAAGCCAUUUUCUCCCAUCUCAGAGUCUUGAUUUUGUGAGUUUAGACCAUUACAAUGAAUUUUCCCUCUUUAUUAAGGACAAGGAUUCGCUUGUAAUAUUUGAAAAUGAUGACGAUCUCUUGUGCAGCCUUUUAUACUUUGAAAAGAAAUUAGAUGUAGUAGUUAAACAUGUACCUAGAACGUCUUAA